AUGGCUUCGAGUUUUGUUAAGAAUGGGAAGUUUAGGGAAGGGAUUGAUUGCUUAUCAGAAAUGCUGAGUUACAGUGUGGAGGCUAUUGAUGUUAGUGUAUUAGUGUUUUGCCUGCUUGAGCUGAUCUUGUCCAUGCGGGCUAGAAUACAAGGGCCACAACUUCUUUAUUCCAUGAAAGAGAAGUGUGGUCUUACUCCAAAACUUGCACAUUAUGCUUAUUGCAUGUUGGAUCUGCCAAGUUGGCGAGGACAUGUUGAGGAAGCCAUUGACUUUUCAAACAAAAUGCCAUUGGAGCCUUUAAAAGAAUCUGGGGAGCUCCUCUGGCGGGUUGUAGAUCAAGAAGGCAUGGGUCAAUUUAGGUGGCAGGGAGGUAGAUGGGAAUAUGUUGUGGGGCUCAAGAUGUUGGUAGACGAAGAGAGCAGAAUGCAGCUUGUAGCCGUAAAUGAUUCUCCACGCAUUAUUUCCAAUUCAUUAAUCUCAACAGGUCCACCAGUCUACUAUGUCAUCAUACAAUGCGGAUCUCACGUGCAUAAGAGCAAAGCAUCAUCAGGCAAAGAUGGAAAAACAUGGUGGAAUGAGAAAUUCAGGUUUGACUUCUCACUAACUGAUUGGAAACACUUGUCCCAUCUAAAAUUCAGAAUCAUGGAUCAGGAAUUCUUCACAGAUGGUGGAUUUGUUGGUGAAACCACAAUUUACCUUGGAGGAAUAAUAGAGGAGGGGGCCAAUAGAGGAAUUCUAGAAAUGAAGCCAGCUCCAUAUAAUGUGGUGCUUGAAGAUGACACCUACAAAGGAGAGAUAAAGAUUGGACUCAAAUUCAUUGCCAACAAGGAAGUGCUCCCGGAGAGGACAUUCCUUGCUCGAGUGAUUGAACCAAGACAAUCGAUAUGCAGAUCCAUUAUAAAUCUCUGGAAAUUUUCAUGGUGGAGGUUUUGGCUUUAUCGUAAUCAGAGGAAUGCUGAAAAUAAGAAAGAGGAGGAAUAA